GAUAUCCACGAGUAUUUGUAUACCUAAUACAUAAUAUACCCACCAAACAUCAUUAAAAUGACUGUUAGGUACCAUACCUAAUUUAAUAUAAUAAUUUCGUUUAUAAUAAAGUGAGAAGUUGAUCGGAAUUUUUUUUUAAAAAAAGCUAUAAACACGUGUUCAUUUUUUUAACGCUUGAGGAUAACCCAUACUUCGUACUUAUUUCUCUUUAAGAUGUCGAUAUCAUCGAAUUUUUUUCCAUUUCAUUCUUCAAUCACAUUUUACAUUGGAUUAUUACUCAUUUUGAUUACAUUGGUAGCAAAGUAUAUCAUUAAAACGUACAGAAGAGAUCCACGUUUAGUAAAAUUUGCUCACACGAUACCGGGUCCCCCAGAAACUUCUAUUUUUGGAAGCUUCGGCGAUUUCGUUUAUGGAGAAGAUUCGCUGAAAAAAGCUGUAGAAUAUUUAGAAACGUACGGACAUGUGUAUAAACUAUGGUUUGGAAGGCAUCUAUGGGUUGGAUUAUCAAACAUAGAAGAUCUAGAAGUAGUUUUUAUGAAAUCAGAAAUGCUCGCCAAGCCUGAAAUAUUUCAUCCGUUCCACGAUUUUUGGGGAGAUGGUUUAUUUACAGCACCUGUGGAAAUUUGGAAAAAGAACAGGAAAAAACUGACGCCAGCUUUUGGAAAUAAUCGAUUUGGACGAUAUACACAUCAAAUAAAUGAUACGACUCGUAAUUACAUAAGAAUUAUUGAAAAACAUGUCGAUGGUACAGAAUUUAAUGCUUGGGAUUACCUUCCUGAUUUAUCAUUUGAUAUCAUGACAAAAACAAUGUUGAAUGUUGAAUUCGAUUUGCAAAAUCCAUUAGCUACAGAAUUCCGACAGAGUAUGGCGAAGGGAAUUCAAAUAGGAUUCGAAAGAACAUGUUAUCCAUUAUUUCAUAUGAAUAUUUUGAGUGAAUUCUAUCAUAAAAAGAAAAUCAUCGCUCUACAAAAAAAUAUUUUCCGAUUUGCCAAAAAGAUCUUAAAUGAUGAAAUUGGUCAAAUAAAAGACGAAAUCAAACUUCAUAAAGAAAAUCCUGAUAAAGUAUCGAUCAACGAAGUACCACCAAAAUCGUUCCUAACGAGCGCCUACGAAUUACUCAAUGAAGGAUACGAUAAGAAAGUUGUGUACGAUGAAAUAAUCAACGCAAUUUCUGGAGGCACAAAUACCACAGCUAGUAUGCUCUCAUUUUUCCUAUUGGCUGUAGCUAUUCAUCAAGAUAUUCAGACAAAAAUAUACGACGAACUUUACGAAAUAUUUGGCGACAGUGAUCGUGACGCCGAUCUCGACGAUAUCAAACGAUUAUCUUAUUUUGAUCAAGUGUUGAAAGAAACAUUGCGUAGGUUCACUUUGGUUCCUUAUGUCUUGCGAGGUGUGCAGAAAGAUAGUAAAAUAGGAAAUCGCGUUUUUCCUGCUGGGACCACGAUUCUCAUUUCAAUCGGUGCUGUUCAUUUUAACCCUGAGUAUUAUUCAAAUCCUUGGAAAUUUGAUCCGGAACAUUUCAGUCCUGAAGCUGUAGAAAAUCGACCAAAACUUGCAUUUAUACCAUUUAGUGUCGGUGCCAGAAAUUGUAUUGGUCAAAAUUUCGCUAUGCUAGAGAUGAAAUUGAUGUUAUCGGCAUUAUUGCGAAAUUUCAGUUUUCACACUACAACCACAAUGGACGAUAUAAAAUUGAACAUGUCUUUUGUGAUCGAUUCGGUGAAUGGUUAUAAUAUGUCGAUAAAGUCUCGAGUUAGGAAACCUUCUUAUUUAUAAUGAAUAAUUUGAUACCAUACUAGUUGCAAAAUAUUAUAAUGUGUAGUAUUUUAUACAGAAUAAAGCAUUUGAAAUUUC